AUGGAUUCGACUGGUCCUUCGAAGGCUAGGAUUAUCGACUCUAUUGACCCACCGUCGCAUACCAUGAACCUUCCAUCAUUGAAAAACGACGUUAUCCACUGCAACUCUAGCACCACAUCCGACGACGACGAAGUCAUUGUCUACGACAAAUUUAAAGCAGAGUCUGCUCGCAAGGGUACCAUGGCGACCAUGAAUAAGUCCGCUGAGAAGGCUCCCCUCAAGGAGACCGAACACAACACCCGAAACGAUCAGGCACAGAUGCCCGACCAUAGCGACAACGGCAAUAAUGGCGACCAUGGAUUAACGCACAGCGGCCCUGAGGCAGCGUACGUAUUCGAUUCGGAGUGGCGCGACACCGUGAACCAGAUGUCUCCUUCUCUUUCUUUCAAUAACUAUCCCCAAGAGACCAGCGAAUCUAGCAGCUACAUUCGCUCAUCCUCACGCUCCGAAGAGUCCUUCACCACCACAGCUCUGAAAGAGGAAUUGCGUUGGUACAAGAUCUACUACAACAUGACCAGGAACGGUAUGAUCAAGUCGCCGUUCGUGCCUUCGACCUUCGAGCAAUACCUUUCCUUGCGAAUUGAGACUGUCAAAGCAAAGGAGCGUGCCUUCUAUAAGCAGUGGGAGAGUUCCGAACGAGAUGCCAUGUUGGCUCGCCACCCCGACGAUGAUAGCGACACAUCUGGACAACAGCCUACUCCCGUUGAGUUUUCCGAGAAGCUAGCUCAGGUGUGCAACAAUGACGGUCUGACCUGUGUCAACGCGCGCCACAGUAUCUGGGGCAAGAAGAAGUUGGAGAGUGGUAAUACCUGUAUCGACUGGCCGUCCGCAAGAGCCUACCAGAUGAGUCAGGGAUGGCUUCCCCAACCCCGUCUGCAGAAGCUUGACGUCGAGCACUACGGAUACGCUCUUUUCGAAGGAGUUCCCAUUGAAGGCCCUGGUGUCCCCUACGAGCUUCGCAAGCCCGCUUACUGGGCUAUCCGUCCCGUCAACGAUGGCAUGUACCAAGGAGAGGCCGCGUACCUCGGAGCGAAGACGCAGGAGCUAAGAAUGCAAGACAUCCACGAUCUUAACGAAACCACUUAUCAGCUCCUCCUCGACAUUGAUGCCGACGAGGAAUCUGCGGUUUGA